GGCAGUUCUUCAUCCCAAUCGAAAACAUGCCAUUCCGUGAUUUUAUUUCGUUUUAAUCAUCGGUAGAUACAAUAGUCCGUAACUGGACUUAAGGCAACACGACGGGGAGAGAUGCUGGUUUAGCAUUUCGCAACAUCCAGGACAUCUUUGAGUGUACAGAGAACAGCGCUAGUGGUCCAUGAAGCUUGGCUGUGCGAAGCAAAGAACAGGUCCCCCAGCACCAUGAAAGUUGGACUUUUCCUGUUCCUCUGUCCAGUCCUGCAUGUCAUGAAAGGUGUACUGGCCAGCCAGUGUUGGCAAGCAGCCACCUUCUCUGAGUCCAUCAUCUCCCCUGACCUGAAGAGCAGCAGCAUUCUGCGCGUGCCCAAGGCCGCCACGUUGGCACAGUGCGCGGGAGCCUGCUGCGAGCUGCCCGGCUGCGACCUGGCGUGGCUGUUCGAGCGCCGCUGCUACGUGCUGAGCUGCCGGCGGCAGGACGACUGCGCGCCCAAGCAGCGCCCCGGCGCCGACUCCUACCUGGCCUUCCUGCAGCGCCGCCCGCCGCCGCAGACGCUGGUGCUGCAGUCGCUGGUGCGCGCCGGGGCCGGAGCUGGAGCCGAGCCCUUCCCCGCCGGCGGCCGCUGGCACCAGCUGCCGGCGCGCCACCGCGCCCUCCAGGACUCGCUGAAGGACCUGGCACUGCUGCAGGGCGAGCGAGGCUUCGAGGGCCCCGAGCUGGAGUACCCGGACACCUACAGGGGGGUGGAGGAGGAGGAGUUGGACGGGGACGUGAAUGUGGAUGCGGACGCGGACGCGGACAGCUUAAAGGGAGGGCUGGUGGGGCUCCUGGACUGGCCGGACAUCCAGGGCUCGAGAGAGGCCCUGAACCUCUCCGACAUCGAAGACGGCAAGGAGGAGCCGCGGAGCACUCCGCCGGAUCCGCAAGGAAGCAGCAGCAGCAGCAGCAGUAGCCUCGUCCAGCCCAGCGCCUCCUCGGCGAUGAGCAAUGGAAGUGGGCCGUCUCCGAGUGACACACCGCCCACCCCGAGGCCCUCUGUGUCUGCUCCAGCAGACCUGAAUGUGAGCGUGAGUGAGGUUGAACAUCUACCCAACAUUUCCUCCACCAACACCGAGCCGACUGCCUUGUCGCAGAACUUCAGCGCAUAUCUGGCCCAGCUGUCGAGUCAAACGAGGACACCGUCUCCUACUCACAAUCUGCUAACUGCGCCCAGCACUACACCUCAGGCAAUGCUUGUGGACCCUGUAAGAGCCCUGCUGGUGUCAAUUGAAGCUCCUGUGGAGAUUACACUCCCUAUCAACACUGUGGAGCUGAUAGCCUCAGUCUCCCCAGCACCUCAAACAGAGAGCUCUCUCUCCUACCGAUGGAGCUGGGUUAGCUUGCCUGAAGGCCACACUGAGGAGAUGGAAGGGGAGUACAGCGAGCGUGUAAAGAUCAGUGGGCUCUCUGCAGGCCUGUACGCAGUGAAGGUGGCUGUGAGUGGAGAGCAUCUCUAUGGGGAGAGUGGGGUCAACAUCACAGUGCACUCAGAGGAAGUGAACAACUCUCCGAAAGCCAUUGUCCACCCACCAGCACAGGACCUGACCUUUCCAGUGGAUCUGGUCAUCAUCAAUGGCAGUGAGAGCACGGAUGAUGACGGGGACAUGGUCACCUACCACUGGGAGCAGGUGGCCGGCCCCUCGCUGGCUAACGGGAGCUCUGCAGAUACUCCCGUUCUCCUUCUGCACAACCUGGAGCCUGGACAGUACACCUUCAAGCUGACGGUGACAGACGCUCAGGGAUUGGCUGACAGUGCCACCGCCUCGGUAAGCGUGGCCAGUCAGCCACAGGACCGCCCCCCGGUGGCUAACGCAGGCCCCGACGAGGUCAUCACCUUGCCCCUGGACCACCUGGUCCUCCGGGGGAACCAGAGUAGCGACGACCAGCGAGUCACCAGCUACCUGUGGGUCCUCCACCCCAGCAGCCAGAGCAGAGUGGUCACCAUGCAGGGAGUCCAGGAGCCGUUCCUACUGCUCUCUGGGCUUCAGGAGGGCCGGUACACAUUCCAGCUGACCGUCACAGACUCCUCUGGACAGGAGGACUCCAGCACUGCCACUGUCACCGUACUGCCCGAGAACACUGCCCCGGUGGCAGUGGCGGGCCCUGACAGGCAGCUGAUCCUCCCUGCCAACAGUGUUACUCUGGACGGCAGCAGCAGCACAGAUGACCAGGGCAUUGCCAGCUUUCACUGGGACACUGUCAGUGGUCCGCCUGGAUCAAAAAUCCGGGAUGCAAACAAGGCAGUAACCACCGCAACAGGCCUUAGAGCAGGAAGCCACAAGUUCCUGCUUACUGUGAAAGACCAGCAGGGGGCGACAGACACCUCUGCCUUUACUGUCACUGUCAAAGAAGUCAGAAGUCUGCCCCUAGUGGCCCACGCCAGCGGCAGUCACACGCUGACCCUGCCCAACAACUCCCUGGUGCUGUGCGGCUCCGUGUCCAACGCUGGCCCAGUAAACGUCUCGUUCCUGUGGGUCAGAGAUGAGCAGAGCCCGGCCGCAGGGGACAUCCUGUACGGCUCCGACCGGAUGUCCUCUCUGUACCUGGCCAACCUGGUGGAGGGCACCUACCUGUUCCAGCUGCGUGUGAGCGACACCCUGGGAAGAUCCAGCACAGCCACCGCCACUGUGGAAGUGCGUUCCGACCCACGCGAGAGGGAGGAGGUGGAGCUUGAGCUGCAGGUGGGCGUGGCCCAGGUGAGCCAGCAGCAGCGGAACACGGUGCUCCGACAACUGGCGGCUCUGCUGCACGUGUUGGACGCUGACAUCGCCUUCAAAGGCCUGCACGGCCAAUCAGACAUCAGCACAGUGAUGAGGUUCUCAGUCCAAGGAUCAGAUGGAACAAUACCGGGACCUCAGCUUGCCAAGAUGCUGCGGAAUCAGCUACUGCGAGAAAAGACAGACUUCCUGCUCUUCAAAGUGCUCAGAGUCGACACCGUCAUGUGCCUGCUACACUGCUCUGGGAGAGGUCAGUGUGACCCCGUCUCUAAGGCAUGUGCCUGCGACCCCCUCUGGAUGGAGAACCCCUUCCAGCGCCUCCUGGAGGAUGGAGAGAGCAACUGCGAGUGGAACGUGCUCUAUGUGGUUCUGUCCUUGUUUCUGGGUUCCGUCCUCAUCCUCUCGGUCAGCUGGACCUGCUUCUGCUGCUGUAAAAGGAGCAGACGCACUAAAGUGAGGAAGAAAACGAAGUACACCAUUCUGGACAACAUGGACGAACAGGAGAGGAUGGAGCUGAGGCCAAAAUACCACAUCAAACACAGGAGCACAGAGCACAACUCCAGCCUGAUGAUGUCCGAGUCGGAGUUCGACAGCGAGCAGGACACCAUCUUCAGCCAUGAGAGGUCUGACCGGCCGCGGAACCGCUCCAAUGGUGCCACCAGGAAUGGGGAUGCGUUCAGCUUCCGGCCAGUGGAUGGCUGAGCGCUGGCCAGCUGCCCUGUUGCUCCACAAAUCGCGCACAAAGAACUAGAGGAUAACACCACUUGGGCCACCUCAGACUACCCAGUAGACAGGCUCACACAGCCUGUGAAUGUAUGGACUUCACCUGCUGAAGACUAUGAAAGGGACAGACUGGUGAAUGUAAAUAGGAUGGCCCCUUGUGCAUAGGACAUUGACUGCUAACUUGAUAUGCUACAAACUCUUUGUCUAUUGUGAAUUGCAUAUUUACUUCUUGAUUUGAGGGCUGAGAUGUUUCUUUACAAUCAUUAUAGUUGAUUAACUUUGUCAAAUGUGCAGUCAGUGAUCUGCACAAUGCAAACAAAAUAAGAAAUGCAAUGUCUCUCAUGGAAAAUGAUAUGAAGUUCUCGAUUUAUUUUAAGCACUUUAAAAUUACCAAAUCCUGUGAAUCACUGUUGCAGCUCUCUUGGGACCCCCUUUAACUCUGUACCUCUAAUAUGAUGAUAAUAUUUCUUUGUCGAUCUGUAUUAGUCACGAGUUAUGCUGCAAGCCCUCACUAUGUCAAGUGGUUUCCACAGCAUAGUUGAGGUUGGUAUACUAUGUACUUCAGGAAAAGUAAGAAUUAAAAAGUUCUGUGCAGCAACGCCAUGCUGAUCUCAUAAGGACUUAAGCAUGUCUCCUCGUUAACAUGAAACUACAUUGACCAAUAAAACAUGCUUACAAGUUUCAAAGGCAAAAGGAAAAAGUAUUGCAUCCGUUUUUAGUCAUACCCAGGUAUUGAUUUAACUUGUAUGCCUGUGUUUAUGCACUGUCUUAAGUUUGAUCAUUUUUAUUUUGGAUGCUGUUCCAAAUAAAAGCUAUAACUGCU